AAAUGUCCUAACAGGGGAUCCGUAGUUGGCGAUUAGAACAGAGGAAAAAUGUCGAUGUUGACAAAGUUGACUAGAAGGACUCUGAUUUAAAGAUAAACAAGACAUCAUUUUAGGUGUUGUGGUUCCUGUCAGCUUGGUGUGGCCCAGGUUGGACACUAGAGUGAGGCAACAUGGGUAACACCAGCGACCGUAUGUCGGGCGAUCGUCAUGGCUCCAAACCCCAUCGCUCAGACAGUGGAGGCAGUCACAAGGACCACGAGCCCAGCAAGCUGGUGGACAGCACCGACGACCCCAACAUCUUCAACACACACGGGCCCGAGUCUAAGACACUGGGAGAGAAGGAGUUCACCCCGGACCUGGACGACCUGGUGAAGACCAGCCCGCAAGCCCGGCCCACGGUGAUCCGCUGGGCGGGGGGGGGGAAGGAGGUCUACAUCGCGGGGUCCUUCAACAGCUGGAACACCAAGAUCCCCCUCAACAAGAGCCAUAACGACUUUGUGGCGAUCCUGGACCUUCCGGAGGGAGAGCACCAGUACAAGUUCUUUGUGGACGGCCAGUGGAUCCACGACCCGUCAGAGCCUGUGGUGACCAGUCAGCUGGGAACCAUAAACAAUCUGAUCCAGGUGAAGAAGUCUGACUUUGAAGUGUUUGAUGCUCUGCAAGUGGACUCUCUGGAAUGUUCUGAAACAGAUCUCUCCAGCUCCCCCCCAGGUCUAUACGGACAGGAACAGUACAUGUUCAAACCUGAGGAGCGCUUCAAGGCCCCCCCCAUCCUCCCCCCGCACCUGCUGCAGGUCAUCCUCAACAAGGACACCAACAUAUCGUGUGAUCCUGCUCUUCUGCCUGAACCAAACCAUGUGAUGCUCAACCACCUGUAUGCUCUCUCUAUCAAGGAUGGAGUGAUGGUUCUCAGUGCGACUCACAGAUACAAGAAGAAAUACGUCACGUCGCUGCUUUACAAGCCCAUCUAAACCACGCACUGAACCGUAACACCCCCACACACACGCUGCCUGUGUGUGUGUGUGUGCGCUGUACUGUGCUUCAGAGUACAGCCCGCUCCUGCUCCCAUGGUUAGGGUUGUCAUGUCUCGCUGAGGUUCAUUAGAAAAAUUCUUUAAAUUGUAUUUGUGGAUUUUAAUAAUAACCAAUAUGGGAACAAUAUCCCAUAAUGCCUAGCCCCCUUCUCCCAGCCUCCCUCUCCCAGCCUCCCUCUCCCAGCCCCCCUCUCCCAGCCCCCCUCUCCCAGCCCCCCUCUCCCAGCCCCCCUCUCCUAGCCCCCCUCUCCCAGCCCCCCUCUCCUAGCCCCCCUCUCCAUGCACCCUUCUCCACCUCCGAAAGCAACCCAAGCUCUUAACUAUGCAGAAGUAACUGCCCCCAAACUGCUGCAGCUCUCUGCUGGACCAGGUCACCUGCCUGUUUGUGUUUCUACUUCUUUAGGUUUGUUGAUUGACUGAAUAGGAACGUAUCCCGUCUGCUAGCCUGUGUGUCUGUAUGCAUACCAGGGCUUGAACACUUGAAGAAGUGUUGCACAAGUGUUUGACUGUGACGGAUGUUUCACCAGUGUGGUCUCCUGGAUGUUCACUCCCCAAACUUGUAUUUAUUCUGCUAAAUCAAAGGGCCUGUUACUGUUGAUUGACAUUAGCAUUUUGUGAAAUUCUGUGUCUGUAUUUUAAUCACGCAUGUGUUUACCAUAGGAAAUGUCAUUCUGUGCAGUGACAGUACAGUUCUAGGCCUCACUGUGCGGUUGGUGUAGAUCUAUACAGUGCUCCACUCAGGAUCUAGACAGUGCGCCUUCAAACCAAAGGACGUGAUGAGGAAACGUCAUACUGCAAUUCAUGUAGCCUAACAGAUGAGCGCGAAGAAAGACUCGCGAACGGAAGCAAUAUUCCAGCUGAGGGCAAUCCAAGUUUUUUCUAUGUUGCUUUAGUAGGCUACGCGGAAAUUACAAGAAAAAACUUGAAUUUUAAAACUGUAACACUGUUUUGUAAAAAAGCUUUGCAGCAUUACUGUGUUCUGUAAUUAUGCCAAUGAGCGGUUGUUUCACUUGGAUGCGAAUAAAAAAAAAAAAAAAGGG